AUGGGCUUUCAAGGGAAAUGGCUUUCUCUGAGUGUUCUACUUCUUUGUAUCGUUCUUGAUCUUAGUAUUCUUACUCUUGGUGAUCAAAAGCUUGACCAAGAAAGGUUUGGAGAUGAUUGUCGAUUUGGACGUGGUCCUCGUUGUAGAGGUUGGGGUGGUCGUCGCGGUCGUGGUGGUUUUGGAGAUAGAGGUGGAAGAGGAGGAGGCUUUGGUGGUGGUGGAGGACUUGGAGGUGGUGGAGGUCUUGGUGGUGGCGGUGGUGCAGGAGGAGGUUUAGGUGGUGGUGGAGGACUUGGAGGUGGUGGUGGAGCUGGAGGAGGACUUGGUGGUGGUGGUGGAGGACUUGGAGGUGGUGGUGGAGGAGGUAGCGGUGGUGGAGGGGGAUUAGGUGGUGGAUCUGGACAAGGUGGCGAAUUUGGUGCUGGUGGAGGUGUGGGUGGUGGAGCUGGAGGAGGUCUUGGAGGUGGUGGGGGAGGAGGAAGUGGUGGUGGGGGUGGAUUAGGCGGUGGAUCGGGCCAUGGUGGAGGUUUUGGUGCAGGUGGAGGUGUAGGAGGUGGGGCUGGAGGAGGCCUUGGAGGUGGUGGGGGAGGAGGAAGUGGUGGUGGAUCGGGCCAAGGUGGUGGUUUUGGUGCUGGUGGAGGCGUAGGUAAUGGAGCUGGUGGAGGCCUUGGUGGUGGAGGAGGAGGAGGUAGUGGUGGUGGAGGUGGAUUAGGUGGUGGCUCAGGACAUGGAGGAGGAUUUGGAGCUGGUGGUGGUGUAGGUAGUGGAGCUGGAGGAGGUCUUGGAGGUGGUGGAGGUGGAGGUAGUGGUGGUGGAGGUGGAUUAGGUGGUGGCUCAGGACAUGGAGGAGGAUUUGGAGCUGGUGGUGGUGUAGGACACGGUGGUGGAUUUGGAGCCGGUGUUGGCGGAGGUUCAGGAGGUGUUGGUGGUGGUGGUGGUGGAGGAGGUGGAGGAGGAGGAGGAAUAGGUGGAGGUUCGGGACAUGGGGGAGGUUUUGGUGCGGGUGGUGGUGUAGGAAGUGGAAGUGGCGCAGGUUUAGGUGGUGGUGUAGGUGGAGGUCAUGGUGGUGGAGGAGGAAUUGGUAUAGGAAUUGGUAUUGGAAUUGGAGUUGGUGUAGGUUCUGGAGCUGGCCAAGGAUCUGGUACUGGAACAGGUUCUGGUAUUGGCGGAGGAAGUGGGGCUAAACAUUAG